ACGGGCGCAGUGGAGCGGCGGCAAUUUCCCUUUAGGGAUGCAGCCCACCCUGGUGGGGAUGUGUGACUGUGAAAGCUGAGAAGCAAGCAGCCAGAUUGAAGUGAAGAAAUUGCGUCUGUUGCAACGAAGUUCUAGCUGCCCUACUCAGAGCUCAUUGUCCUGCAGAAGUAUAAUUGUUGAGAGGGGAAAUGACUUCUUCAAAGCCUUUGGCCAGGUUCUGGGAGUGGGGCAAGAACAUAAUCUGUGUGGGGAGGAAUUAUGCAGAGCAUGCCAAAGAGUUGAAGAACACCCUCCCAACUGAGCCGCUCUUCUUUCUCAAGCCAUCAUCCGCCUAUGUCAGGGAAGGCUCUCCCAUCAUCCAACCCUACUACUGUAAUAAGCUGCACCAUGAAGUGGAACUUGGGGUGGUGAUCGGGAAGAGAGCCCAGGCAGUUUCCCAGAAAAUAGCAAUGGACCAUGUGGCAGGCUAUGCCCUCUGCUUGGACAUGACAGCCAGGGAUACCCAAGAAGAAUGCAAGAAGAAAGGGCUUCCUUGGACAUUGGCCAAAGGGUUCAAUACCUCCUGUCCAGUCAGUGACUUUGUGCCCAAAGAGAAAGUCCCAGAUCCACACCGGUUGAAGAUCUGGCUAAAGGUAAAUGGGGAGAUGCGGCAAGAAGGAGAUACAUCAGACAUGAUCUUCUCUAUCCCCUACAUCAUCAGCUACAUCAGUGGAAUUGUCACACUGGAAGAAGGGGAUGUCAUCCUAACAGGAAGCCCAAAAGGGGUUUCUGCUGUGCAAGAGAAUGAUGAAAUAGAAGCUGGGAUCCAGGGGGUGCUGAGCAUGCGGUUUCAAGUAGUUCAGCAGAAAUGCCGGCCUUGAUAGGGGAUGUUUCCUUUUACCUUAAGAGCAGAUUCAAACUGUAGAGCAAAGGAGCACUAGACUAUUCCUUUCCUGUGGGACAGGAGAGACUGGGAUCUUAGAUUAUCCUUAUAUAGCAACCAAGUAAAAUUGGCUUUCCCCUCAUUCAGGUUUUAGCUUCUUCCACAUUGACAGAGUGGGAGAAGGGCUGAGAGCACAUCUUGUUGGGCACUUAAUAUAUUCACAGUGUUCAGGCAUUACACUUAAGCCCUAGCAUAAGAAGGACAAGUCACAACAAGCCUCAGGCUUGUACACUCUUUGCUCUCCUCUUUGGUUUUGGUGCAGCAACAAGUAGCUCACUUUCAGAUUAGAAGAUUAACGACAGUUUGCUGUCAUCUAGACCCCCCCAAACUGUGGUUAAUCUUAACUGUGGUUUGUUGAAAAAAGCAAACUCCAAACCAUAGGUUAUGAAGCUGAUUUUUUAAAAAACAAACAAUAGUUAACAUUAACAUGUGGUUCAGACAACACACUAAACUAUGGUUUGAAAGUGAAAGCUUCCUAAUUAUUGAUGGACGUGCCAUAGGAAGAGGGGGGAACAUGCAAGCUUAUACUCACUGUGGCUUAUACUUGUCAUCAUAAAUGAUUGUGUAGCCUUUCUUAUAAACUAAGUGUGGCCUUUCUGAAAAGCACAGCCAAAGAAUGAAAGAAUUAUUCUUUUCUACCAGACUAGACUGCUUAUAUAGAGUUCAACAGGGAAAAUUAUAUUAAAAUAAACACACACAAAAUAGAAAUAUGGUGAAAUUUAGAAUAUAUUUUGUAAUGAAGUCUGAUGCAACUGUAUACUGAGGUGUAAAUAAAACAAAACUUUUAUCAA